GAAGGCUAUUUAGAAGAGAAGAAGCAUUACACAGUCUGCACCAAUUCCCCUCUCUUUCUCUCAAUUCAGAUUCAGUUACGGUGGCUAACCGCGAAACGGUUAUGGACGCCACUUCUGAAUCCUCCGACCAAAAACCCGUUGAUCUUCCCGUCAUUGAUCUCCGCCUUCUCUCUCAAUCGGAGCUAUACACUAUCUCCCUUUCGCACGCUACCGCCUGUAACCGUCGCAUCGACGAAGAUUGCGUUAUCCCUAAAAUUGACCGUUCGGUUUUCAAAGAGUCCGCCGGUAGCCGGAAACAGACGUUUUCUCGUCUCCGUCUGUUUCCUCGUAGCAACAAUAACCCGUACUCUCCCGUUCCCGUUCCGGUUUCUGCUGCUUCCGCUCCUGUUGCGGUUGUUCCCGCUCCAACGUCUACGGGAAGCCGCAUUACCGGUGACGGUGAGAAUUCACAAAUAAUCGAUCUCCUGCAAGAACUAUUCGGCGUUGAGCCUCUCCGCGGUGCGAAUAAUGACCGUGCUGUUCCGUUGCAAAUUGAAUUCAAACAACCGGCUAUUGAAUUUACGCCUCAGGCUGUUCAGAAUGUUCCGAUUGAUGGUAGUCAGGGGAAGCGAAAGCGCGGAAGGCCUCGCAGGGGCGAGACUCCGGGGACGGAGACUCGUUUAGCCAUUUGCGAUGGUAAUGGGAAGGCGAUGGAAACGGAUGAUGAGAAGAAGGUGAAAAGUGUUAAUCACAAGAAGAAGAAGGUGGAGACGGACAAUGAGAAGCAGGGGUUUGUUCUGGAUGAUGCUGGGGAUCCGUUUGUGGAGGAGUUGAUCGUGAGGACGCAAGGGAUGAAUACGGAGCCAGAGUUGGUGGAGUUUUUGGAGGGUUUGAAUGGAGUUUGGGGAAGUGAUAGGAAGAAGAGGAGGAUUGUUGAUGCUAAUUGUCUCCGUGAUGUGCUGCCGACUGGAUGGAAACUCAUACUUAUUCUUCAAAGGAGAGGGAGUCGCGCUUCGGUGAUAUGUCGCCGAUACCUAAGCCCUGACGGAGGCCAGUUUGAGACAUACAAGGAUGUUUCUUCACACUUGGUUUCUUCGUUUGGUGUUCAAGACGCGAGCCACUUAAAAUCUAGUUAUACUGAUGGUAGUAAGCAGUUUUCCAGCAAUAUCAAUAUGUCAUCGGAAAAUCAGAAUAUUGGUCAUGUCCCUCCAGGUGGCAUUCAGAUUGAUGCCAAUGCCAGUUCUCAUCAUGAGAAGCAAACCACCAUAUCAUCAUCAAUUGGAACUGAAAAGCGAAACACUUCUGAUGGGAAUCUAAAUGGUGACCUGGCAGCUAUGGAUUUUGAAUUAGGUGAUGCCACCAAUGGAGCCUUUAGAGUCUCUGACCAUCCAACUGACAAUAAGCUACGACUGGAGGCAGAUAAUAACGAUGCAAACUCAGUUCAGGAAUGCUUUCUUUCAGAGGACAGAGUUUAUAAUCAGAGUGUUGGUUCCAUCCCUACCGGUGACAUGAAGAUUGAUGCCAAUACAAGUUCUCAUCAGGAGAAGCAGGCCACCAUGUCAUCAUCAAUUGGGACUGGAUGGAAUGAAACUGUUCUCUAUGGAAAUGAGCAAGUACGUGAUGGUGACAAUGAGCUUGGGCUUUCUACCACAUUAAUGGAAAACCACAUCCAGAAAAUAUCUUCUGAAAGCGGCAUGCUGGUUCCAAAUUCUCAACAUAUUUCUACUAAUGGUAAACUUCAGUUUUGUUCUGAAGGCUCUCUUGUCCCAUCACAGAAUGAACUUAGCCAUACAUCUAUAGAGAGUAUGGAUAGGGAACAAACUUCUGUGCUGAAGGACUCUGCUGAGGCAACACUAAAUUAUAAUGAUUUACCUGGCUCGUCCACUGAUGAUUAUAUGAAUAAUAUUUCUUUUGAUCCCUGGCAACAAGAUGCACCUGUGUCUGGUGUAAUUGAUUUUACUCCCAAUCUUUAUCUAACUAAUGGUUUUGGGGAUAAUCAUGCUCCUCCAUUAGACGAAGUUACGACAAGCUGUUUACAGAAAAUGAGUUCUAUGAAGGACCAAAUUUGCACAAUGGACAAUAUGUUGCAUAAAAGGUCUGAAAGUAACUUAUCUACUGUAGCCGGGAAUCAGCACCCUUCUGCUCUCCAUGAUUAUACGGAUGACAUCUCAGCUGGAACCUUUGGUGCAGUCAAACAUAUUGAUGCAACUCCUAGAGUCGUGCAAGAGAUAUCACAAUCUGUUUCUCCUGAUGGAAAUAUAUUAAACCAGGUUGACAAGUAGUUUGCAGAGUCUUCCUGUAAAUUAUCAAUUUUUUGCUCAGGAUGAUAUAGCCUAGGAAAGAUAGAUACUUGAAGGCAACAUUAUUUUGUUGAUAAAUUCAGCUGAUCAUGCUGGUGGCUUCGCAAUUCCAGAGGUUACUAUGCAGGUUCUGGUGUGAGGUUUCUCCUGCUUCUUGCCAGAGCUCAGACUGUUUUUUUAUGUUUCAAGUAAAAAGUUUUCUUUUAGGUCAUAAUAGUUUAGAACAUUCUUUUUUCUUCUCUGCUAUACCGAUACACUGAAUUUUUGGUUGUUCCUUCAAAAUGAAGAAGGAACUAUUUUCCCCCCAAAUUUCAAAAUUGAAAAGUUAUACCA